GAGUCAGAAAUGGGUGGGGGAGAGCCAGCAUUUUUUUUUGUGAGAAGGACAACCGAGCCAUUCCUUUCCGUCCUUUGUGCAUCCUAUCGCGAAAACGUGGGGUGCGCGCGCAUAUUCCGUGUGCAUCGCGUGCUGCGUGCAGAUCGUGGAAUGAAAGAGCUAACAACCUUUAGGAAAGAAGGAGAUAGAGAAAAAGAAAGAACUAAAUUGUGAAAAAAAGAGAGAAAGAAACGAAAGAAGAACGGGGUGGUACGUAUGAUCCAACUCGAUGCCUAUCGUCGUCGAUCGUUCUUAACGAGCUACUCGCCUAGAAAUAUUAUCUGAACUGCCAACUGCAUCGACUACGAUACCAUCACCUACGAUAUCUUGCCAAGGAAAGGGACACUUAACAAAGGAAAAGCAAAUUUAAUUGGAAAAGGGAAGAAAAAUGUGGGCCGGCGAGGAUCAAACGCAACGUUAUAAAACCAGGUCGAAGAAGCAGCUUGUCGACUUGGAAUCAAGCAGAAUAAGCAUCUAUAAAAGUUGAUGCAACUGUGCAACAUUUCAAUUGUAUCGUCAGAUCUUUGCAUACCAAUGUAUUCAACUUUUCUACAAAUGAAAAGAGUAUGAAGAUCUAUGUUUUCGUCUAACCGAUAUGAAUCCGCUGAAUCUCUUGUCAUCCGCUUGGGAAUUAUAAGAAUUGGACAUCAGAAUAAAAAGAAAAUUACAAGGAUGAGACGAGAAAGAAAAUAUCUGAAAAGGGAAAGAAUAAAAUUGGAAAAUGGUUAAGCCGAACGAUGAAUCAUUGUUUAUCCGAUGGAGCAUUGUUUGUCUGAUGUGAACAGAGUAUUGAAACCACCUGGUGGUGGGAGCAGCGAUAUUUUCGGUUCGACUCAAGACGAGACCAGUCCACGUCGUGUGAAAAAUCACAAUCAAUCACAACUUGGUAGCGCAUUGUUCGGCGACGCUACAGAUUCCAGCAGCAAUUCCAAUUUGACUAGCAACAACACCACAACAAUUGGCAAUAUGAUGGAUAACAACGGACCCGAGACAACAACAUCAACACGCUCCGGCAUAAAGCCCGGUAAUGAUUCAUACAAUCGCCUGUUUGGCCCUCCCGAUGCCCCACCCGCAACCCUAAACGCGAAAAAUUACAUGCGAAGCAAUAUAAUACCCCUCAAUGGGGGGGAUGAUACAACGUCGCCCGCUAAAAGUACAUCAAGCACCAAUUCGAGCUCGAGUAUCAUCCACAACGGCUUUACCAAUACCAACAAUUCUAACGUCAACGAUAUCACAGCUUUUAGGAGAAUCAAACGAUUUCGAGGAGCGUCCUGCAUGCCACGCAAUCCGGUCACCGGAGACGGAGUCGACGUGACGCCAUUGAGGCGCACACGAAGGUGUAGAGAUGGUAAUCCAGUAACUGGAACCGGGUAUACGUCUGAGACGCAGAAUGGAGGAUCAGCGAUGCAGAAUGGAACAGGUAGCUCAAGUUCCAGCAUAGGUGAGAAAUCGAAUGGUUCGUCGCCAACAGGAAAACCAGCAGGAACGCGUACCCGUGUCCCACCUGGUGGAUAUUCAUCUGGGCUUUGGUAAAAAGGGUUGUUGGAUCCCAUCAUCUUUCCAACAGCAGCAACGGAAACAGCAGCAGCACCACCACCAUCAAAAACAACAACAACAACAUAACAUCCCUUUCCAUCCUAGAGAAUGAACUAAAAGACAAAAUUUGGCGUGUCAAUGAUUGAAGAAAGGAAGAAAGAGAAGAAUAAAAUUAUGAUAAUAUAAAAAAACAAAAAACAAAAAAAUAACAACCAACAACAAAAUAAUAACAAAUACAAGGCUCUACUACCAUCUCUUAUUUCGACUCUUGUCGUAAAGUUCUAUUCUGUAUCGUGAAAAUAAUGAUGAAAGAAAAAUAGACACACAAGCAUUUUGUAACAACUCUCUACAAAUUUGCAGGGCAAACUAUAAAAAGGAUAAAAAGUCAAGAAAAAGAAAAAAAGAAAAAAAAAACAACACUAGCCAUCCAAAAUUAAUUAGACGUUUUUCUUUCUAUUUUCUUUUUGGAAAAACUUGCAUAAUCUAGCUGGUCGUCGAGUCAAAAGGAAGAGAAAAAAAAAACCAAUAAUAAUAAUAGUAAUUAAAAAAAAAAAAAAAAAAAAAAAA